AUGCCAGAAACUAAGAAGAACGAAGUCUCGAUGGGAGAUUUCGAUAGCCGCAAGGUCGGCGAGUCGGAGCUUUUUUCCAAAGGCUUUGGUACCUGCGUGGGCGUCGUCGUGACGGGCGAGCCCCGGAGAGGCGGCCCGACGCGGUUCCUCCUGCACUUGAGCCUGGGCAGUGACUGGUCCGAAGCCCGCAAGAAGUGGGAUGAAUUCGUCGAGGCCGUAGAGGCGUCGGGCAUGAGGCGCAUGAGGGGCUAUCUCCUGACCAUCGACACGACCCUUGCCAAGGACCCCGAUCUCGCGAACGAUGACGACCUGAGGUCCGUAGCCGAGGGGCUCGAGAUCGACUAUCGCCGCGUCAAGGAAAACCUCCAGCGCCUCGUCGGUCGUGACAACGUCGUGCACGCCACGCAUGGCUUUGGCAAGACGACCGACAUGAAGGUAGAUGAGAACAAUGUGGUGACGUUCAAUGGCAAGCGGAUGUGA